CAAAAGUGGUCUGUAGCUCCCCUCAAGCUUCAAGAGCUUCUUAGAGACUGUUAUCUGCCAAAUGAAUUCUUGCUGCCCUUUGACCCUCGCAUCAAAGUUGGACGGAUCCUGCUGGACAAAUGCAAGGUGAUGGCCUCUAAGAAGAAGCCACUGUGGCUGGAGUUCUGCCCCAUGCCGUCGCCCACUUCUGCUACACCUGUUGGAAUAAUCUUCAAAGAGGGGGACGACCUCAGGCAGGACAUGCUGAUCAUCCAGACCCUGGUGGUGAUGGAGUCUAUCUGGCAGGAGAAAUCUCUGGAUCUGAAUCUUAUUCCAUAUGGCUGCAUCUCAACAGGAUACAACAUAGGUAUGAUUGAGAUUGUGAGGAAUGCAGUGACCAUCGCUGCAGUCCAGAAGAGCCAUGGAGGAACAACUAGUGCUUUCAGAAAUGAUGCUCUGUUUGAGUGGCUGAAGUCAAAAUGUCCACUGCAGGAAAUUCAUUACAAGACUACGGAGAGAUUUGUGAAGUCCUGUGCUGGUUACUGUGUGGCCACCUAUGUAUUGGGAAUAGGUGAUCGACACAAUGACAACAUUAUGAUCACAGACCAAGGGAACCUGUUUCACAUCGACUUUGGUCACAUUCUGGGGAACAGAAAGCAUUUCCUCGGCGUGAGCAGGGAGCGUGUGCCAUUCGUCCUCACACCUGACUUCCUGUUUGUCAUGGGCAGGAUCCAAAGGGGCAACAGCCUCUACUUUGAGCGAUUCAGGGACACAUGCGCCGAAGCAUACCUCUCCCUGCGUUCGCACUCUCGUCUCCUGAUCACUCUUUUCUCCCUCAUGCUGCUGACGGGUAUCCCGGAGCUGAGUGCUGCAGAGGACAUGCGCUACCUGCGGGAGGCGCUUCAGGAGGAGCAGAGUGAGGCAGAGGCCAAGGAGCAUUUCCUCCAGCAAAUCUAUGAGUGUGAGAAAAAGGGCUGGACCGUGCAGGCCAACUGGUGGAUCCACAUGGUGGCAGGCAUCAAGUAGACUGGUUAUUUUAAACGUUAAGGCAUGCUCCUUCAGGUGGUGAAAUGUUCAUGUCUAUAUGUCAAAUGGAUUUUUUUAGUUUUCAUUGUUUACUUUUAUGUAUUAUUAUUAUUAUUAUUAUUAUGUCCCAGGUCCCCUUCCUCAUUUAAAGAAGUCAUAUUCUGCUUUUUUGCUUUCCCUUUCCCUUAUUGUGUUAUAUAUCUUUUUUGUGUAUGUAAUAGGUUUGCAAAGUGAAAAAGCCCAAAGUCAUCUCCCACAGAAAACCCCGCUCCUGAACUGCCUGAAAACCGCUCGAUCGCAGUUCAGCUUUUCAUUUUGUAACCUAACUUUGUCACUUUGUAACAUAAUGCUCCUCAAAAACACUGGUGAAGAAACACAGUUACAAGACGUCCACCCGCUGCCUCCCCUCACCCCCACCCUUCAUACCAAACGUUAGAUACUAGUGCGCAGUUAAAACGUUACUAUGAAAGAUACAUUUGUUACAGAUUAAUAACUUACCUCUCUGAAACGUCUUGCUCCAGUCUAGCUUGCAAAGCUGUUUCGGAUCAUGCACAGCUGAACCAAAGCCAUAGUUACCGGCUGAAACAGCUUUGUUUUGAAUCACGCUACCUUGCUUGUCAGGACCCGCUCUACUCUGCUUCUGAUUGACUAGUAAUUCUUAACUAUAUACUGUGCAUGUGCUUCACUCCGUAUUCAACACACAGGGUGAAAAGGAGGUGCUUUUAGCAAUGACCAACUAAUUAAUUAAUUUCUAAAUGAAUAUAAAGGCGGUGGUUUCAGUGCAUUUUUACUACAGGUGAUCAGUGUCGAGCUGGUAGCAGGUAGAGUUUGAAAACGAACAAAUUUACAAAAUCUUCAGAUAUUUUUCUAUAUCUUGUCAUGUAUGAAAAUUAUAAUCGGUCUACUUGAUUACUAUAAGCAAAGUAUUUUAACAGCAUUUAUAUAGGAAUGAUUCUGUCCCAAGCUUUUUGAUCCAUCCCUGUAACCGUUAUUACUAUAAUUGAUUUCACUGGUAGAUACAUGAGAUACUUUAGGCUAUAAUGAGGCUGCAGUGAUUGCCAUGGCAACAUCAUGAAACUACUUUGCAUCAGGGGGAGGUAGGGAACUUGAUCACUGCAUGCUUUUUUCCUAUGUUAGAAGGUAUAAUCUAAUUUUUUGACCUAAAACUUACAUUCGUAAUGUAUGAAGUGGUUUACAAGGUCGAAGGGACACCCCACCAUUUUUAUACAUCAAGCCAUUUUAAUCAUGAUGAAGAAAUUAACCCUAAAGAUGUGUGAUGAUGUCAGGGUUAUCUCGCCUUAGAUGACAAAUUAGAACAAAAAGUCUGUUACAAAUUGGAAGUGUGGUGUUGGAAAGAUGUGGGCAUUUACCAGGCAGGGAUGGUCAAAUGAAAAGAUUGUUGCAUUGUGGCAAAUAUAGGAUCCAGUGGUUUUGGAGCUUGUCCCAUACUAGGCACUAAAAGUCAUCAUAUCUCAACCUCUUCUGCUUUUAUUUUGACCAUUCAGUAUCUCACUAGUACUCCAACUAUGGAAGUACAAUACUAAAUCACUGGAAGAUACUUUUAUUUGUGUGUUUGCAGAGCAUGCAAGUCUCCUAGUAAAAGGUGAAAGAAUCUCACCUCACUUAUGUUCAUAUACUCAGGUUUGAAAUAAAAAACAAAAUGAAUAAAAACA